AUGAAGGAAGAUGGAAUAACAAGAGGGGUUGCAGCUACAGAACAAGAAGAAGAAGCAUGGAUUGGAUACACACACUCUGCACAAACCGAAAGGAUUGUAGAAGUUAAAAAGAGAGAUGCAAACAACAAUAGCCAGAAUAGGUUGGUGGAAACAGAAGUAAUGGCCCAAAAUGGAAAGGGUUUAGAAUAA